AUGAAGCUCUUCUCGUAUUUCGCGAGUCAGGCGGCGCUGAAUUGGAUGGCCCACAAGAUGCAUUCUGUGUCUGAAAGCGAUGGACUCGUCGUUUUCCCGUUGAACCCCGGCGCGGUACAGACAGGCAUGACCGAUCUGGCACGCCAGCAGGACGAGACGCUGGCGAAGAUUGACAUUGUCCCUCCCGAGGUAGUCGCUGGUCAGAUCGUUGCCUUUAUCAAGGGGGCCACACGUGAGAAUGCUGGUGGUCAAUUCAUAGAUCACCAUGAAACGCGGCGGGAAUUGUAG